AUCUGAAUACCUAUUUGUCUUCCCUUGCCCUCCCUGCGCCGCGUGAGUGCGUGACGUGGUCCGUUUUCUCUCGCCGCUUCCUCCUGCUCGCCGCGGCGCACCUCGCCGCCGCCGAAUCCUCCGCCUCCGCGUUCCUGCCGUAGUUCCGGGUCCUCCGUUCCCACCGGUCCGUAACUUUGCACCCCCAGCCCCCCAAGGCCCAAACUCCAAUCCAAAUCCAAUCCUUCCGUGAGCCUGCCUGCUUGGGACUCGGGAUCUCGUCGGGAGAGGAGGCGGAGGAUUGACGAUUUGGGCCCAUGGCGUGGCGGCGCGUCCUAUCCCAGGCUGCAAGGAAUCAGUCAGCAUACGCAAUCUAUAAUGAACUGGCAGCCCCCUCCCCUCUUAGGUCACUUAGAAGUAACAUCAGUGCAGGUGUCACACUCAGGAACUUACAUGAGAGGUAUUAUUCAAGCUAUUUUGGUAGCCUUUCACGCAGCGCACGAGACCUGGGCUCGCCAAGUGAAGCUUCUCUGUUAAAAGAGAUAUACAGAAGUGACCCAGAGCGUGUCAUACAGAUAUUUGAAGGCCAGCCUUCAUUGCAUUCUAAUCCUUCAGCACUCUCUGAGUAUGUAAAAGCUCUCGUAAAGGUCGAUAGGCUGGAUGAAAGCAUCUUGCUAAAAACAUUGCAAAGAGGGUUUUCUUUAAAAAAUUCAAGGUGGUACAUGAUCAAGUCGAGCCCAUCUAAUCCUCUGACAAUGCGGGAGUGCCACAAAGUGUUCCCUUCUUUAAUAAGACCAUCUGCAUCUUACUCCACACAAGCAUCAGACAAAAAAACCCAAAAGGAGCGAAAAGAUUUGUCAACUACUGAAGAUCCCUUUGAUGAUGCCCCUACAUAUAAUAUACCUGAGAAGCCAGUGACUUUUGCUGAGGGGGCUUCUUACAGUCUUGUAAUACUCGCGGGGCUUGGAGUGGCAGCACUCGCUGGAUAUGCUGUUUUCAAAGAGCUUAUUUUUGAACCAAAAGAGUACAAGAUCUUUGGGAAAGCUCUAGCAAGAGUUCAGAGUGAUAGUCAGGUUACAGCAAGAAUCGGGUACCCUAUUACUGGCUAUGGUAGCGAAACCAGAAACCGUGCAGCCCGGCAGCGCGUUCCAAGCAGGAUUUGGACAGAUGAGGAGGGUGUUGAACAUGUGGAGGUCAACUUUUAUAUCCGAGGGCCGCAUGGAGCUGGAAAGGUAUAUUCGGCAAUGUUCAAAGAUAACUCUGACGGAGCAUGGAAGUUCACGUACCUUCUGGUUGAGUUUACAGCACCGCAUCAGGGACAAGUAAUGUUAGAAUCUUACAUACCAGCGUAAGAAUGCAAGAGACAUAUGCAGCUAGCAGACACAACUGUUAUUAGGAAAAUUUGUACAAGUUUUCUCAGCAUGCAGGUAUGAAACUGGUUUUGGGCAGUUGAUUUCCAGAGAUACUUUUAUGCUUUUAAAAGUUUUAUAGUGCCCCAAAUAUUGGCGAAAGCUCUGCAAGCCUGGAUGUUCUUAUGAAUAUUUUCCUUGCGUCUAUCCACCUGACUGCACUUUAUAUCGUCUAGACGUGGGACGUGGCACGUGGUACCUAUGUAAAAUUAUAGCACAGGAUCUGUACUAUUGCUACGAUUGGAGUAGUUGUAGAAUUAAAUUAUUUUGAGAAGACUAAUUACAAAGCAUGGCCCUAAAUGUAUGGAUAGUUUGUUC